AGAACCAAACCAGUACCCACAUCCCUGCUCUGACACACAACACCACCCUAAUACCCAACACCGCCCUGACACACAACACCACCCUAAUACCCAGCACCGCCCUGACACACAACACCACCCUAAUACCCAGCACCGCCCUGACACACAACACCACCCUAAUACCCAGCACCGCCCUGACACACAACACCACCCUGAUACCCAGCACCGCCCUGACACACAACACCACCCUGAUACCCAGCACCCCCCUGACACACAACACCACCCUAAUACCCAGCACCGCCCUGACACACAACACCACCCUGAUACCCAGCACCGCCCUGACACACAACACCACCCUGAUACCCAACACCGCCCUAACACACAACACCACCCUGAUACCCAACACCUCUCUGGCACACAACACCGCCCUAAUACCCAACACCGCCCUAACACCUAAUACCACCCCAAUAUCCAACACCACCUUGACUCCCAGCUUUGCCCUGACACCUAGCACCACCUCUACGCCAAACACCACUCUAGUUCCCAACACCGCCCUGGUGCCCAACACCACCUUCACAUCAAACACCGCCCUGGCGCCCAACACCACCUCUACACUUAACACCACCUUGACAUCCACUGCCACCUUUACUCCCAACUCCACCUUGAUGCCCAGCACCACCUCUACACUUAACACCGCUCUGACACCCAACAACACCAUCUUUACAUCAAACACUACCCUAAUGCCCAACGCUUCCCUGACAUCUACCACCACCUUUACACCAAACACAACUCUGACCACCAACACCGCCCUUAUACCUAACUCCACACAGAUGGCCAGCACCACUUUUACACCCAACGCCACCCUGACGCCCAACACCACCCCUGUUAAGAGUACAUGUUUGCUUUCAGUCCAGAGAUCUCAAAUCCACCCACAGCCCCUCAGUCCUGCCCAAAGCUUAAUUCCAACAUCUGUUCCAGUGCAGAUGUCUGCUCCUGCAGCUGCUUCAUCUGCAGUUACCGUCAGGUCUCUAAUACAAGUUGCUUCUGCAGCAGCUCCAUCCAACUUGAGCCAAAUCCCAGUUUCUCCCUCACUACCUUGCCCUGUCCAGGCUCCAAUGUCUGCCCUUACACCUAUUUCUGCCCCAGUCAUGACUGCUCUGUCUGCUCAAAGUCCCGUCCCAUCACCAGCCAAGCCAGCAACCCAGAUCCUCUCUGCAGUUUCUGUUCCUCCACUUACAGCUGUAGCAAAUGCUGUUGUGACACCAGUCACAGCCACCUCCACCACACCUUCAGUGCCAGCUCGGAUAGAGCAGAGGGCAGCUCAGCCCCAAGGUGGCCUCCAGCUUUCUCAGAACCUCAGACUGCAGUUCAGACGGCUCAGCAGGCUGCAGCUCCAGUCACACCACCUGCCCUGGUGUCUGUACCUGGCUCUGUAUCAGUCCCCACAGCCUCCCCCAUUACUCCUUCGCCUCAGCCACCCCUGACUCCGCCCACUCGAGCACAAGUCCAGCCCACUGCUUUGAUAUCCACACAGCAACUGCCGCAGACCAUCUCAGCAGUGCAGGUUCAUGUGAAGGGGAUACCCGUUUCCUCUGUGGUGUCCCCCACAAGACCCCCACAGCCCCAAGCCCAUACUCCUCUUCAGCUCCAGACCCAAAUGUGCGCACAGGUUCAGCAGAUGCCACACAUCCAGACUCCUGCUCAGAUUCACCCCCAGAUCCAGGUUCAGUUCCAGCCCAGAGCACAACUUCAGCCGCAAACCCAAAUCCAGCUGCAGUCCCCAACAAAAAGUGUGGGCCCCGCUGCAGACUCAAACCCAAGCACAAUUCCAGGCCCAGCUGCAGUCCCCGACCCAGGUCCAGUUCCACCAGGUACAAGCAUCAUUUCAAACUAAACCACAGACUGAACCGCAGCUUCUAUCCCAGCCACAGACCCAAAUUCAGCUUCAACCUCAACCCCAGAUCCAAUCCCACCUCCUUCCCCAGGUCCAGGUCCAGCUUCAGCAGCAAAACCAAGUUCAAACUCACUCGUCCCUGCAGCCCCAGCUCCACAUUCAGUCACACGUCCAGACGCAGCCCCAGUUUACAGUGCAGGCCCCACAACCG